CGACAGAAUGCUAUUUUAUUUAAAUGAUCUGUAAAUUGGAAAGUAGAUCUAUGAAGUCAGAGUGGAAUGAAUUACAGGAGAUUGGAGAGUUCAACCUUAAGAACAAUUCCUGGGAGGCCAAUUCUUACUCUGCGUAGAGUCCACUUUAAGAAGCAAUCUCUUGCCUCUUUUACCGAGAGCCAUCAACAUGAGCCGCGUUCGCACCAAGACCGUGAGGAAGGCGGCCCGGGUCAUCAUCGAGAAGUACUACACGCGCCUGGGUAAUGACUUCCACACCAACAAGCGCGUGUGCGAGGAGAUCGCCAUCAUCCCCAGCAAAAACCUUCGGAACAAGAUAGCCGGCUAUGUCACGCAUCUGAUGAAGCGGAUUCAGAGAGGUCCUGUGAGAGGCAUCUCCAUCAAGUUGCAGGAAGAAGAGAGGGAGAGGAGAGAUAAUUAUGUUCCUGAGGUUUCAGCCCUAGAUCAGGAGAUCAUUGAGGUAGAUCCUGACACCAAGGAAAUGCUGACGCUUCUGGACUUUGGCCGUCUCUCCCACCUCCAGGUCACUCAGCCUACGGUUGGGAUGAAUUUCGAAACACCACUUGGAGCUGUUUAAUCCGUUAUGCCAUAUUUUCAAUAAACCUGAA